CUGGAAUUUUAUGCAUGGAUAUGAGCGAGAAGGAGCAAAUUUAGCAAUUUAUCACAAUGGAAAAUCAGUAGUAAAUAUAUGGAAUGGUUAUUCUGAUGCCGAAGCAGGAAGAAAGUGGACUUCAACAACAAAAUCUGUUUUAUUUUCGUCCAGCAAAGUUUCAUUUUCAGCAGUGGUGGCUUUAUGUAUGGCGAUGCUAGUGGAUCGAGGAUAUCUCUCCUAUGAUGAUUUAGUAAUCAAAUACUGGCCUGAAUACGGCAAGAAUGGCAAAAAUAAUACAACUAUCGAAGAUAUUUUAACUCAUAAGAUAUUUUUUAUUUUAUUUUCAAAAAAAAUAUUUUUUUUUGAAAUUUUCUAUCAUUUGUGUUAUUUUCGUUUUUUGGAUUUUUCAGCUGGCAUACCUUAUCUAGAAAAUAUCACCAUUGAAGAUGUGAAAAAGCAUGAUGUGAUCAUGCGCAAGCUUGAAGAUGCGCAACCAUUAUGGGAACCAGGAUCCACAUCCGGGUAUCACAUAGUGACUUUCGGCUGGUUGGUAGAUGGUAUUUUUCGCAAAGUUGAUAAGCGUGGUCGCGAUGUUCAAUCAUUUCUGAAAGAAGAAAUCGCUGAUAAAUAUGGCUUAAAUGUAAAUAUCGGACUGAAUAGAGAGAAUUUCGCUGAUCUGGCUCGGUUUUCUCAACCAGGUUUAAUAGAAUACGCUCGUGAUAUGCUUAUUGAUCCGCAAAUAUUGUUAAUAUUAAUUGCGAUGUUUCAUCCUUCAAAUAAAAUUGCUUGGAAUCUUCUAACUCAUUCCGCUUGGUUACCUAUUAAUUAUGACACGGUGGCAGUUAAUGAUCCUGAUGUAGUCGCAUUGAAUCUAGCUGCAGCAGUCGGUGUUGCAGAUGCUGAAAGUGUCGCUCGACUAUUUUCUCUCGCUCUAGAUGGUACCCUUUUAAGCAAUGCGACAUUGCAAUUAAUUUCUAAGCCUACGUUGUCACAUUGGUAUAUUGAGCAGGUGAUUAUGUAUCCUUUUCUUAAAGGACGGGGAUUCUUUUACGAUGAGCAUCCUACUGAAAAGGAUGAAUACUUAGCCGGUCAUCCGGGCUAUGGCUGUCAAGCUAUAAUCAUAGAUAUCAAAAAUAAUUUGACAAUGGCUUAUUUAACGAAUGGCCUAAAAACUAGUACCAGUAUUAUCUGUCAAAAUUAUAAUCGCCUAUUAAAAACAUUAUACCAAGUGAUAACAGAUCUCAAAAAAUCUUAG